AUGCCUCAAGCAUGGGGGUUUCUGGCUCGGGAGCAUUUGUUUUGGCAAGACACUGGGGAUUCCUGGAAGGUGCACACGUUCGUUGUCGGCGGACUGAAGGGCAUACAUGAAUUCGAGAACCUAGCCAUCUCCAAGGCGAUGGAGUCGGCACUUGCGGAUGCUCGGGGAAAACCGCUGGGAUCGUUCGCUGCGGUGAGCAUCAUGACGGAUUCGCAGGCCUCCCUCCGCGAACUUCAGCGAGUCUACGGGGAGAAGAAGAAAGCAGUGUCGAAGCAGAAAUUCGUGGCCAAUAUUUUGGCAGUCGCCCAGAAACUCGCCAUGCUCCGAGUUGCCGUUGAAUUCCAUUGGGUCCCCUCCCAUGCAGCCAUCCCCGGCAACACUAUUGCCGAUUUCUGGGCGACAAAGGCAUACAAGAAAGCUGGAGGAGUCGCCACGGGCUCAACAACCCUGAUCCUUGACUUGCCUGCCCAGCCAGAGGCCGUCGCCGACCAACAAGACCCCAGCGACAGAAGAGUAUAA